GCUGCCUUCACCACAACCAGGUGGUGCCAGAUGGGGAGGAAGUCCCCAACUCGCUGGAUCCAUGCCAGAUUUGCGUCUGCACCCGGGGAGAGCUCGUCUGCGCCCCACGGAAGUGCGCGGCUCCCCUCUGCGCCCACCCCUUGCCGGGAUCCUGCUGCCAAAACAACUGCAACGGCUGCAGCUACACCGGAAAGGAGUACCCCAACGGAGCAGAGUUUCCCCACCCCACUGACAGCUGCCGGCAGUGUCACUGCAUUAAUGGCCACGUGCAGUGCCUCUCCCGUCGGUGCCCACCUCUGCUCUGCCCCGAGCCCACCCUGAGACCCCAAGAGUGCUGCCCCCAAUGUCCAGCCCCUCCGGCUGGCUGCCUCUACUUGGGGGUCACCUACAAGCACCUGGAGCGGUUUUACGACCCAUCGGAGAAGUGCCGCACCUGCGUUUGUGCCAAUGGUACCAUCACGUGCCAGCGCCAGCCCUGCGCACCGGUCCUGUGCUCGCACCCACUGCAGCAGGGAUGUUGCCGCUCAUGUGACGGCUGCCUUUACCAGGGCAAGGAACUACCCAACGGGGAGCGCUUUGCCGACCCCCAAGACCCCUGCCGCCUCUGCUCCUGCUGGGAAGGGGGAGUGGUUUGCAAGCCCAAGGCCUGUCCUCCAGCCAAGUGCCCGUUCCCAGUGCCCGGGCCCUGCUGCCAGAGCUGUGAAGGGUGUGAAUACGCCUCCCAGCGCUACCUGAAUGGACAGGAGUUCCCGGACCCCCAGGACAUGUGUGGUCUCUGCUCUUGCCUGGACGGCUUCGUCACCUGCACGCGGAAACCCUGUUUCCAGGCGCCCUGCAGCCACCCUCUCCGGACGUCCAGCCAAUGCUGCCCUACGUGCCAUGGUAGGUGCAUGGUCUACGCGGAGGCUGUGGGAGUGGGAAAAAUGGGCCUUCCAGAAAUAGACUGCGCCUUUCAUGGGGUCACAGUUGCCAAUGGGCAAGCCGUCCCUGAUCCAGGAGACCCUCUCUGCUCUGAGUGCACCUGUCAG